AAUGUUCAGGGGGAAUCGGACAUCUGAAAAGUUGCAAGUUUACGUUUGCUCUCGUGAAUUGCAUUGCAAUUUGUGCAAUGUACAUUGUCAACUUAGUUGCUAAUUAAUCUUCAUUUAUUUCCUCUAAGAUUGUUGAAUGGAGAAUAUGGAGUGUCCUUCAACCUCAGCGUCGACCCCACAAACUAGUGGUGCUAGUGCUGGACGGAGCGGAGGGUUGGAGAUGUCACCGGAAGUGAGCCUUCGCCUGUUCAAGGAGGGAGCAACGUUUGUCCUCUUGGACGUCCCCAUCGGCACUGAGGUGGGCAUCGACAUGGAGAGCUGGAACACGGGAGAAAGAUUCCGUGGAAUUAAGAUGAUCCCUCCCGGCCUCCACUUUGUCUACUUUAGUGCAGUGAGUAAGGAUCAUCAAAAUACGGCUCCAAGGACGGGGUUUUUCCACUUUUUCGAAAAGAAAGAGUUUCUUGCAAAACAGUACGACCAAAGAGCAGAGGACAUUUCUCCUGACAAAGUUGCAGAUGAGGACUGCAUUAGAAUGCAGAAUGGACUGGAAGAAAUGGAUCGCUACUUAGGAGCGUACCCCUACAAUUUAUGGAGGACUUGGGUAUCUCUCACCAAUAGAAUUACCGUGGAUUCACUAAAAAGACUUUCACCACCAAGUGGGAGGAUCCUAUCUGCACCAGAACUCACACUGGACGCGGAUCAAACCAAGCCUAGCACUUCCAGACGGAAAAUGACAAAAUUAGAAGAAGCUGAAAAUGCUUUACCAAGAAUGACUGAAAACAUUGAGUCCAAGAUUAAAUAUACUUCCAUCCCAUCGCAAACUUUCCCAGACGGUUCAUCCCCACAACAAAUUAGUAAAUUUCAGUUGGACCACAGUUGGAAAUUGCAACAAGUUAUUGAGACCAUUGGAACGCCGUCAGAUUACCUAGCUGAGCUUCAAUUUGCAUUUGUUACAUUUUUGGUUGGACAGCACUAUGAUUCUUUUGAACAUUGGAAGUGUUUAACGCAAUUACUAUGUCACAGUGAUGACGCCAUUUUAAAAUAUCCAUCCCUUUACUACGAUUUUGUGUCCGAUCUCUAUUUUCAAAUUCGAGAAAUUCCAGAAGAUUUUUUUGUCGACAUUGUUGCAAGCAAUAAUUUUCUUUUCAGUUGUAUGCAACGCUUAGUCAAUAACAUUAAAGAACAUGAAAAAGUGGACAGCAAAUUAAAGAACAAGGUAGAAAGAUUUUCAGCAUUUUUAACAUCAAAAUUUGAUUGGGAUUUUGAGGAAGAAUUUGAUGAUGCACCCACGUUCGUCGCAGAAGAAGACGCUGUUCUUAGCACUGAAAGGCCGAAUCUAAAGAGAAAAAUUAGCCUCGAUGACAGUGACACACUGAUACAAAGUAAUAAUGAAGAUGUUGAUGAUAAUCAACAAAAUGAUUCACUAUUAGAAGAAGAGCAUGAACUUAUGGAUGUUGUUGGCGAUCUGCCAGUAUUUUAAAAAUUGCAUGUUUAUUAUUUUGUCUACAAUUAAAAUCAUCAAAUAUCUAUAAGAAA